AUGGUGGAACGCCUUCACCGACAACUGAAGACCACCUUGACGACCCGCCUCAACAGAGCCACCUGGGUUGACGGCUUGCCACUGGUGCUCUUAGCUUUACGAACUGUAAUCCGGGAAGACCUGCAGUGCUCAACAGCAGAGCUGGUGUAUGGCGCUUCUCUACGGCUUCCGGGAGACUUAACGCUAACGAAGCUACCAGAUCAGCCACAACAAUUCCUACAAUGCCUCCUCGACUGCGUUCAAGACCUCCGGCCCACUCCACCCAGACCUUCUGAACACAAGGCAAUAUUCGUCCGCCCUGAUCUGGCCACUGCAACACAAGUUUUCGUGCGCCACGACGCGGUCAGACCACCUUUGACACCAGCCUACGACGGACCAUUCCGCAUCCUUAACCGCACCCCCAAAACUGCCACUCUUCUUCAGAACGGCCGUGAAGAGACAGUCAGCUUGGACCGACUUAAGCCGGCGUACCUGCAGACCGCCAUAGAAAGCCUCUGA